GCUGCGCUCCGUCUCUCCUUCAGAUAACAGAAUGGAUCAGCUCUGCUAUCGCCGUGUGUAGUCGCAGCAUCUCCGCAUCUUCUAGUUUUCCUGCUGCGGGGCUGCUCUCCCAAACCGCAGGUUAUGCCACCCCAAAUGCUUCCUGGAUCCCCUGCCAUUAAAGAGAAGGGCUGAUCCCCGUCCUCCUCCAGGUUUCUGCUGCUUUGCACCCCAUCUUUCCCCUACUCCUACCUUCUUUUUAAUCCCUUCUAUAACACUAACCCUACCUUACUCUUGCAUCCUCACCUAACCCCUGCCACCCUUGCUACCACCCACUUCUUGUCACAUCCCAUCAUAUUGCCCAACCUGCAAAUCCUCCCCUGCAGCAGCUGUGUACCCAACGUCUCCACCUAGUUUUAAUCCAGCCACCACCAGCUGACUUCUCUGCAGGUCAAAGCUCUCUUCAGAGGUCUGCUGUUUACCUGCUGGCUGCUCGCUUGGCUCCAUGGCUACAGGAGGUCAUGCCCCUGAUGUAGAUGUGUUGAUCAACUUACAACAGCAGGUGAAGGUGGAGGAGGAAGAUGAGGAUGCAUCUAUGGAGGAACAGGAGGAAGAAGAGGAGGAAGAGAACUGGGAGAAAGCUCUGUCUGUGGAGCGCUUUGGGGACAUCAUCGGUGAUUCAGCGUCCAGCGGUGGGGACAGGAUGGGCCGACACUAUACUGAAAAAGACUUUGAGUAUCACAGACACACGUUUCAUCAUACACACCACCCUUUGUCCACCCACCUGCCCGUGCCCCAGCGUUUACGCAAGAGGGUGCACAGUGCGGACAGACGGCGCAAAAAGAAACGGAAGAAAAAAAAGACAUCACUGCCUCCUUCUGAUGUCACGCCCACCAUACAUGAAGUAGAUGAGGAAGAGGCGGAGUUUGAGGGAGAAGGACAGGGGGUUGUCUCCACGCCCACAGAAAUACAUGAUAUCCACCCACAGUUUAGUUUUGGGAGCCAAGAGGACUUGGAGGAACCUCUACCACUUGCCACCGUCCACACGGAAAAUGAAGAGCAUCCACUGUCAUGGAAAGCUGCAGUCACUUUGACAAAAGAGGCAGCUCAUAAUGGGGAAAUAGUUGUUACUGGACAGAACGAUGAGGUGGAGGAAGAAGAAGCAGCUUGCAACAGUGGUCUCUCAGGACCAGAUCCCUCAAGUUCAAACUCAACCCGUGGCUGGUUUCGUAAGAAGCCCAUCCAUCAUCGUAUACCAACGGUCCAGCGCAGCAGCUAUGACCUGCGGGACCGAAUCUGCAUCGGCAGCAUGACGGCUCUUGAGACUGCCGUCUACCAGCAGGUUCCCACUGAUGAGGCUGAGGCCCAGAUGUUGGCCAGUGCUGAUCUGGAUGACAUGAAAAGCCACAGAUUUGAGGACAACCCUGGGGUGCGACGCCACCUAGUGAAGAAGUCAUCCAGAUGUCAGAUGUCACGGGCCAGCAACAGCUCCACACCUUUAUCCAGCUUGAAGAAGAAAAAGAGGGCAGCCGAUAAGAAAAUCCAUGAGUUGUUUGUUGAGCUCAAUGAGCUGAUUGUGGAGAAAGAGCAUGAAAUGCGAUGGAAAGAGCGAGCUCGCUGGAUCAAGUUUGAGGAGGACGUGGAGGAGGAGACGGACCGCUGGGGCAAACCUCAUGUGGCCUCACUCUCGUUCCGCAGCCUGCUGGAGCUUCGUCGCACCAUUACUCAUGGUGCCAUCCUUUUGGACCUUGACCAGAACUCUUUGCCUGGCAUUGCCCACCUGGUUGUGGAAACAAUGAUUAUCUCUGACCAGAUCAGGGCAGAGGACAGACCCAGUGUUCUACGUGCGCUGCUUCUCAAACACAGCCAUCCGAGUGAUCUGAAGCAUCGCUUUCACCGCCACCAGUCAUCCGCCAGUCUGCACGGCAGCUUCAAUCACAACCACAUCCAGGACACCAGCCUGCCACUGGUGGCCGAAGAGCCCGAAGAGCACCAAGAUAACAAAGUGGGCGUGUACGACCCCAAACAAGAUGUGUUUGUCAGCCUUUUUAAAUCUCUCCACCCUCUGCCUCCCGAGAGCCAUCCAGCUGCAGCCAGAUCCAUGAAGCUGCUCGCCAAGAUUCCCAAAGAUGCAGAAGCUGUCAUUGUUUUAGUUGGCUGUGUUGAAUUUCUGGAACAGCCAGCCAUGGCCUUUGUCAGACUGAGUGAGGCAGUCCUCCUGGAGUCAGUGCUUGAGGUCCCCGUCCCCGUUCGGUUUCUUUUCGUCCUGCUCGGCCCCAGUCAGUCCAGUGUGGACUACCAUGAGAUUGGACGUUCCUUUGCUACUCUCAUGUCUGACAAGAACUUCCAUGAGGUAGCCUACUUCGCUGAUGACAGGCAGGAUCUCCUGAAUGGCAUCAAUGAGUUCUUGGACUGCAGCAUUGUUAUUCCACCCUCAGAUGUGGAGGGCAAAGACCUCCUGAAGACGGUGGCUGACUUCCAGAAGCAGCUGUUGCGCAAGAGAAAGGAAAGAGAAGGCAAGAAGCACCAAUCCAUAUAUGGAGCAGAGCAGGAAAACAAAGACAUUAUUCCAGAAGAAGAGGAAGAGGGAGACCAGGAGGUGGACCCCUUAAAACGCUCAGGAAUCCCCUUUGGAGGCCUGAUCCAUGACAUCCGCCGGCGUUACCCACAAUAUGUCAGCGAUCUGAAGGAUGCCCUGGACAUGCAGUGCAUUGCUGCUGUCAUUUUCAUCUAUUUUGCUGCACUGUCACCCACUAUUACCUUCGGAGGCCUGUUGGGUGAGAAAACAGAAGGCUUGAUGGGGGUGACUGAGCUCAUUAUUUCAACAGCGACCCUUGGAGUUAUUUUCUCUCUGCUUGCUGGUCAGCCCCUUCUCAUCAUUGGUUUUUCAGGACCCUUACUGGUGUUUGAGGAAGCCUAUUAUAAGUUCUGUCAGGCUUACAACUUUGAGUACCUGACCGGUCGAGUGUGGAUUGGUUUCUGGCUCAUCUUCAUUGUCCUGGUGAUUGUGGCAGCAGAGGGCAGCUUCAUGGUCCGCUACAUUUCACCUUUUACCCAAGAGAUUUUUGCUUUCCUCAUCUCCCUCAUCUUCAUCUACGAAACUUUCUCCAAGCUCUUUAAGGUGUUUAAGGAGCAUCCACUGAUGGCAAUAUACCCCACAGACUCCACAGCAACUUAUGGUUUUCAUAAUCAUGACAUUCCCAUCUUCAACCAGCCCAACACCGCUCUUCUGUCUCUGGUGCUCAUGAUGGGCACUUUCUUUGUUGCAUUCUUUCUCAGGAAAUUCAGAAACAGUCGCUUUUUGGGUGGUAAGGCCAGAAGAAUUAUUGGGGACUUUGGCAUUCCCAUCUCAAUCUUAGUUUCUGUAUUGGUGGAUUACUCCAUUACUGACACUUACACACAGAAACUCAAUGUCCCGUCAGGUUUUUCAGUCACAUCCCCGGACAAGAGAGGCUGGUUCAUCAGUCCAUUUGGUGACAAGCAGCCAUUUCCAACCUGGAUGAUGGGAGCAUCUUUUGUUCCUGCCCUCCUCGUCUUCAUUCUCAUUUUCAUGGAAACUCAAAUCACUUCAUUGAUAUGCAGUAAAAAGGAACGUCGCCUUAUUAAAGGCUCAGGCUUCCACUUGGAUCUCCUACUUAUUGUCGUCCUUGGUGCCAUCUGCCCUCUUUUCGGCCUGCCGUGGCUCACUGCAGCCACUGUGCGCUCUGUCACCCAUGUCAAUGCACUCACGGUGAUGAGCAAGGCAACAGCUCCAGGAGAAAAGCCCAUGAUUCAGGAGGUGAAAGAGCAGAGGCUAACCGGGCUUCUUGUGGCUGUGCUUGUUGGUAUGUCCAUCGUGAUGACUGACGUGCUGCGCCUCAUCCCUCUGGCCGUUCUCUUCGGUAUCUUCCUGUACAUGGGGGUCACCUCUCUGACAGGCAUCCAGCUGUACGAACGCAUAACACUCAUGGUCACUCCUGCCAAGCACCACCCUGACCACAUCUACGUCACCAAGGUGAAGACAUGGCGUAUGAACAUGUUCACCAUAAUCCAGCUGGGAUGCAUCGUGGCGCUGUGGGUUGUGAAGUCCUCGGUGGCCUCCCUGGCCUUCCCCUUCAUCCUCAUCAUGACGGUGCCGCUGCGUCGCCUCAUCCUCUCCAGGGUUUUUGAGGAACGCGAGCUUCAGGCGCUGGACUGCGACGAGGAUUCUCCCAACUUCGAUGAGGACGGACGAGACGAGUACAAUGAGAUCCACAUGCUAGUAUAAAUCCAGAGCAGACCCUGGUGAUAAGAACUUUGAUUGUCAAAGCACACACGCCUCUUUGGAAACCUUCAGUGUGUCUGGGUAGCAAGAGGAGCUCCCGUAAUGAUGUUUGCAAACCUACGGAAACCAUUGCAGGAUAAGCUCUACUUUUUUGUUUAUUCCAGUUUUUAAACCAGCACAGUGAUGGUGGUGUCAUGUUAAUCUCCCUAAAGAUGUUAUUUUGUCAGCGGCCAGAAAUAGUACAUUCCUAACAUGGACAAUACAAAUGUUGCGAAACAACACUUGUAACAUGAAAACGUUUUAUCCUUUGUUAUCCCUUUAACUACUCCACAGGUCUGGGGCAUAAGUGCAAUGAUAACGUUGACCUCUGGGACAACAGGCUGGAGAGUUUAGGCUAAAUUGUGAAGAAAAAACAAGAAACAGAAAAAGCCAAACACACAAUUUUCUUGUUUAUCAAGAAAUGGA